CCACAGCAGCCUUUUUCAGUCUCCACGUUUCCAAGUAGUUGCCAGGCCACUUGAUCGUCUACUCUGCUAUCAUUGGCGAUAGGUAGUGUCUGUCAUGCUGGGCCGUUGGCAUGGACAUUCCCUAUCCGUAUCCACUAUCUUGAAGCUCACCGUUCUGCUUUACUCAUUGGAGUUCCAUGUUGCCAUUCUCCACCCGUCUGCAAUCUACUGAACGCCUCUUCUUUGCUCGGCUUUAACAGGAAUGAAUACCACGGCCGAAAAGAAGUGUCGGCGAAGAGACAUUUUAUCAUUUUUAACAUGUACAUUGUCUUAGAUUAUUUGAUUAGGGAGACCAUUCGGAAUGAAAUUGAAAACCGGCCGCAUACAUUUUUGUGUUUCAUCGACACCGUGGAGCUCAAGGGGGGAUAUGUGCCUGACUUAUAGCCAUUUUUUUGCAGACAAAGAGAGCUACUGAGUACUGGUUAUAAAAGACAAAAGGGGCUUGGUCACUAUCCAUGGAAAAAGUGGGCAAGAUGUGGAGCAACCUGAGGAACCGAUGCCAGACCCUCUUCCACAGUGACGGUGCGGGACCCAGUACAGAGAACAGCGUGGUGGAAGAGGAUGGUAUGCACUGUGUGGCGGACCUGGGACGGGGAGAAACUUCAGGAGAGGCCCAGGCAUCUCGGGCCUCCAUCCUUUCCCGAAGCCUCUUGCCGCUUCCCGGGGUUACUGGAGGGCGACGUCACAACUGUGUGUCGGACAUCCCCCAGAUGGUAGAGAGAACCACAGACAGAAAAGACAAUGAGGAAGCGAGGGGGGCUCCUUGGGGAAUCCCUAUGGGCCGGAGAGACUCGUACUCGCGCCAUGCACCUUGGGGGGGCAAGAAAAAACACUCAUGUUCCACUAAGACCCAGAGCUCCAUGGAUACAGACAGGCGGUCUGGACGCGCGCGCGGUGCCGCUGGGCGAAGGGAGCGUCGCUACGGGGUCAACUCCAUCCAGGAGAUGGAUGACUCUGGAGACGGGGGGCGUAGUCUGAGCACCCGCUCCCUGCGCCAGCGGCUUAGCGACACAGUGGGCCUGUGUCUACCCCUUCCCCCCCGCCGCCGCUCCCUCUCCUCCUCCCCCCAAACCCCCACCAUCUCCAAGCGCAAGAUCCACCUGACAGAGCUGAUGCUGGAGACCUGUCCCUUCCCCCAGGGCUCGGACCUGGCCAACAAGUGGCACCUGAUCAAGCAGCACACAGCGCCUGUCAGCCCGCAUUCCUCCACGGCUCUGCUAGACGCCUUUGACCCGGCCCACCCCUCCCCCGAGGACGAGGAGGAGCGUCUGCGCGAACGCCGCAGGCUCAGCAUUGAGGAGGGAGUGGACCCCCCACCCAACGCCCAGAUUCACACCCUGGAGGCCUUGGCGCAGUGCUCCUCUCUGUACAAACUGGGACCAAAGAUGGCCCCUGGCAUUGCAGAGGCCUCUGGGGAGGGCACCAUGGCCAGCUGCUCAGGAGGGGCGGCUGGGUCGUCGGGCUCGUCGUUACAGGUGCUCGGAGGGGCUACAGCCCAGCUGGCUGACUGCGACUCGGAGGAGGACUCCACCACCCUUUGCCUGCAGGCCCUGAGGCCUAAGCUACGCCACACGUCCGGGGAUGGCCAUCUGAGUCGGAACCAGUCUGGGCCCUGGAAGGUGCACACCCAGAUAGACUACAUCCACUGCCUGGUGCCGGACCUGCUUCAGAUCACUGCGCUGCCCUGCUACUGGGGCGUGAUGGACCGCUACGAGGCAGAGGCUCUGCUGGAUGGCCGGCCUGAGGGCACCUUCCUGUUACGCGACUCGGCCCAGGAGGACUACCUGUUCUCGGUCAGCUUCCGUCGCUACAACCGAUCGCUGCACGCCCGCAUCGAGCAGUGGAACCACAACUUCAGCUUCGACGCCCACGACCCCUGCGUGUUCCACUCGUCCACCGUCACGGGCCUACUGGAGCACUACAAGGACCCCAGCGCCUGCAUGUUCUUUGAGCCGCUGCUCACGGCGCCUCUCCACCGGACCUUCCCCUCCGGCUUGCAGCACCUGGCCCGCGCCGCCAUCUGCCGCCGGACCACAUACGACGGCAUCGGCGCCCUGCCGCUGCCCCCGGCCCUGCAGGACUUCCUCAAGGAGUAUCACUACAAACAGAAAGUGCGUGUGCGCUGGCUGGAGAGGGAGCCGCCACUCAAGGUCAAAUAGGGGAGCGGUAUCUGGCGGCCUGUGCGCCGCGGACGGAGUUGAAACAGAAAAAUCCCUGCCAAUCAGGAGAGGCCAUACUGAAUGAACAAAGCACUACUCAGUCAGGCAAGGAGGGGUAACAGGAGAAACCAGGAGUUAGGUGAAGUGAGCUAUCCAAGAUUCAUUCUAAUCUCGUUAUUGUUUUAGUUAUCAUUUACAUCACUUGGGAUACAUAUGUAUCGUUAUAUUCAGUACAAUGCUGUCUGGCAAGCACAUGGUUUUUAAUGUUGAACAGGUUCUGAAAGGGAGAGCACAAGCCUUCAUGCUUUGUGUCCCUCUCACCUCUUUCAUUCUGUCAAAUGUCUGCCUGAUCCCACAGCAUGAGCUGCCUGCAUGCCCUCUCCCCCCCCUCCCCCCAGUCUCUAUCUAGGCCCACAUGGUUAGCUAGCUAUGUUGUACAGUUCACUUGUGCUUUCUAUCUUUCCUUUUCCAUUUUCUUGAUCAAGUGACUAUACUGCCUGGCGGGCAUUGUUAGGCCUCAGGUGUAAUGUUAAUCAUCACUCUCCUGGGAGGGGGGGGGGGGGUUGUCCUACAGACAGGCACCCCGACAUCAUGCAUCAAUGAGUAGGUCUAUGUGUAAAAAAAAAAAAAUUAGAAGGUGCUGUUUAGAGGUUCUGUCCUGUAGGUCUUCACCCCAAGGGCAGCGCGGAACGUGGCCACGUCCAAGGGUGCUGCUGCUACAUCCUGCCUCCGUACACCUAUAGGGAGCAGGGCAUACACAGGAGUGGGUGUGUGGUUACAGCGACUCCUGGGCUUUUUGAUAUCCUCACUGUGAUUUCUCUAAGCAUGAAUCAUCGUCUCCCACUGCUACUGUGUUGCCACAGAAGUGCAGCUCUUAUAAUGGAACAAUACUAACAAUAUUUGUCCUGGUUGUUUUCUCUCGUCUGUCAGUGGCUCAAACUGGCAACAGAACACUUUAACUUGGUCUGGUUUGUUUCUGGUCCUGCGUUCUGCCUUCAUGGUGUCACACUGUGCCAUCCUCAGGGUUAACUUGUUAUAAUUCAGGCCCAUUGUUAGGUCAACGAUUGAGCCCAAUGGUAGAGUGAAUGCCAAGAGUGUGUAAAUAUGUUAUCAAGGCAACGGGUGAAAAGUAUCAAAUGUAUUUAGAUUUGGUUACUACAUGUCGGCGACAGCCGUGCGGCCCAAGUAGGCAACGGCAUGGGGAUUUUGUCUUCAGUCUCAAAAACCUGUUUGGGACAGCGAAAUUGUGGCCAAAAUCGUGUAGUGUACACCCAGCUUGACCUAACUAAACUGACCAAGACGUUACUCAAACAACAUACUUUUACAUAAUUCUACCCCAAAACAAUGACAAUUUCUCUCACCCAGUGGCGUAUGGGCUAUUUAGGUAUGCGCUGAUGCCACCCAGUGAUAGGCAGUAGGCCUACCCAGUUUAUCAAAGGCAGGGGGCGCAAAAUAUUGUCCAUGCCCAGCGCGCUUCACCGGUGCAGUACUCCACCAAUGUUCAGUCAAAAGAUUAUCCAACAUAAAUCAUGUAGCAUACCGUAGAAAGUGGCGUUUGCUGUAGCCUCCAUGCUGGAGAUAAAAUGUAUGUCAAUGUCGUGAGACGGACACUUUACUUUAUGCAGGUUUCUCCGAUCAAAUAGCCAAACCUAAAUUGCGCACAAUCGCAUGAAGAACGCUCAUCGACGUAUGACAUGUUAACAAACAACAUUUACAAAAACGGGACGAGUCAAAGUCAAAUGGACAAUAUCUGGAAAGGAAAAUCAAGCUACUCACAGCUAAUGUUCAGGGAGUUUCACCCAUUAGGCUAAAUUGACAUGAUAAUCAGCGAUUUUCAAGUUUGUAUUCGUCCAUUUUUUUUUCUUCCACGAGCUGCAUCAUAGCGGGAAAAUAAAGACUUCUGCAUUUCCA